UUCAAGUGCCACCCAGGACAGUUUGGAAAUUUGCCUUCAUCAAAGUAAAACAUCAAGUAGUGCUUCUUCUUUACUAGCCUCUUGGAUGGUUCCUCCUCUGGUUACUUCUUUAUCUGAUGACGACCAGACUAUGCUGGUGUCACAUUUAUCUUUAUUAAUCAAAUCACUUCCUGUGCCUAAACUGGAGUUGUUUCUUAAACACAUGGUUGAGGAAGCAGUGAUUAUUCCAGAGAAGAUGAAUGACAAGGGUGCUACAGCCCUCAAGGGACUGUGUGAGGCUAUGUUAGUGAACGAUCCCCCUCAAGGAGUUACCAGAACAUUACAUAACACUAUAAGUAACAUUGUGGUUGGGAUCAACUCUCAUUUUAUACAAUUUGAAGAUGCUGGACUUCUACCUUUGCUGUCUGAAUGUUUGUGCCAACUUCCUGAUGAAACUUUGGACAACAUUCUGAGCCACCCCAAGAAAGAUUUUGGAAGUGAUUGUAAUGAUUUUGAAAGUGUAUACCCCAUGACUGCCAUACAAUGUGAACUAAUCAUCAAGAACAAGAGACCACCAAGCUGUUUAAAUACCUGUGUUGAUGCAAGUGAGAGAUUAACUGAAAGUGAGCAGAAAAGAAUUGUACAAUGCAUUUUGAAAACUACCUCCAAGGCCAGAAUUACAGAAGAUGAACAGAGCUUUGAACCAGUAGCAUGCCUGAAGUGGUUUCUGGAGUUACUAUUUAAGAUAAAGAUGUACUUGGAAGGAAAAAUUAAAAGUUGCUUGGUACCUGUGUCAGAGAUAAUUGACUUCAGAUUCCAGUUGUUUGCAGCAGCAGCAAUAGGAUGGGCGAGACCAGAUGUUAGUGUUACCAUGUGGCCAGAAGGAAAUAUGAGUAACUCCUUAAUUUUUACAGCACUUCCAACUGCUCUCUCCUUGUUGAUGGCUGAAGAGCCCUGGUCACAAGUGACAGAAAAGGUGUUAGACCAACUGCUGUUUCUGAAACAAAAUUCAAACACACCACGACAUUUACGGAGCUGUGUUAAGGCUUGUCUGUGCUCUUUGCGAGAGUGUCAUGAAUUUUCCAAGACUUCGAUUUGGACUCAAGCUGUAACAGAUUGAACAACCAAAUAGAGCCUUUAGAGUAUAGCAAGUUUCCACCAUAAAGAAGUAAAAAACUAGACUUACUUAAAUCUAUUUUUGAAGAAAAACAAAAUAUGAGAGUUUUCAGAAGUAACUUUAUAAAAAGAUCUAACUAACUGAUAAAUCUAACUGCAAAGAACAAGAUAUUUUAGGCCUAAUUAAUUUGAAGAAUGAUAUCCCAUUAAUUUGCCUUUAUACACACACACACACACACACACACACACACACACAACAAAUAUAUAUAUAUAUGUGUGUGUGUGUGUGUGUAAUUUCUUAGGUGUUAGUCCAUUGUGAAUUUCAAAUAAGAGGUACUGAAAACAGUAUGUUGUAUCUGUUUACAUAUAUCUGCCACAUAUGGCCUUUAGAGAGCCUUUUAAUCAAUACCAAAACUUUACAGUUAGGCAUGACUUACAAAUAGCAUAAAAUGUUUUAAAACUUUUGGUUUUUGAGUUCUAAAAUUGAACAAAAGGUCUCAUUGACUGAUUGUGUAUUGUAGACAAAAGGUUAAUCUGAAAUGUUGCGUGUUUGUCUUGUUUGAGGUUGAUAUUAGACUAACUAAAAGUGAGUGUAAUCAGUUUUGAUGUUUUAUUGCAGCUAUUUUGCUUUGCCAGUUUAGACAUUAAACACCUUACAAAAUAUUUCCUUUUUAUCUGCUACAUCAGUAUUUAAAAGGAUUCUGUAAUUUUUGUUUUGCCAUAUUUUGUAAUUUCUUCCAGAACAAUACAUAUUAAAAUAUUUUACCACAUGAAUUAACAGCUUACAAAUGUAUGUAGAAAUUAUUAUGAUUAUAUAUAUAUAUAUUAACAAAAAUUAAUAAAUUCCUAUUGAGAGUAUUAUGUACUGUCUGGAAAUUAACUCUUCACACUCUGUUAAGGUACAUUGUCAAACAUCACUCUUUUGCUAACACUUUUCUGUAACUUGCUAUGUUUAUUCAUGCAUAUUUUCCACAAGAGUUAACACUCUAUAUAUAUAGUUACAAAACAACAGGUUUGUUUGAUCCUUCUGUUCACCAAUGUGUUUUCAAAAGCUUUUUAAGUUAAAGUGAUCAAAGCAGUCAUACUACAUCAGGACUGGUAAAGUAACUACAAGUCGUAGUAGUUAAUUCACGCAAAUUAAUCAACUACUUAGUCUGGAAACUGAUGUGAGUAAUAUGUACAGUUUACUUAGGAACAGAGCCCAGUUUAAAUGUCUCUUAGGUGUACAGAUUGGGGUGAUUUAUGACAGUUUGCAACUGUUACAGGAGAGCCAAAUGAGGAAACUGAUAUGAAAGAUUUUGGGCAGUUUACAACUGUUAUAAGAGGGUCAAGAGAAGGAACUAAUAAGAAAGAUUUAGGGAAGUUU